UGGGGUCCCAAACAGCUCUGAGAUUUAGAGUAUUGGGUUACAGUUUCGCAGCAAAAUGGCGACUGUCAUUCAGAAUCCUCUCAAAUCGCUAGGUGACCAGUUCUACCGGGAGGCCAUAGAACACUGUCGCAGCUACAACGCCCGUCUGUGUGCCGAGCGGUCGGUCCGCAUGCCCUUCCUGGACAACCAAACUGGCGUGGCCCAGAACAACUGCUACAUCUGGAUGGAACAGCGCCACCGCGAGCCAGGUGUGGCUGCUGGACAGAUGUAUACGUACCCUGCACGGUGCUGGAGGAAGAAGAGGCGGCUCCACCCCCCUAUGGACCCUCAGCUACGCCUCUGUGAACUACGUCUGGAGGCAGAGCUGGCCCCUAAGAAGGAGCCCUCCCCAGGAGAGGCCACAGCUCUGGAGACCCUGCUCAGAGGAGAGGGGCUACUGGAGAAGAAGAAAGACAUCAUCAAGGAGGACGAGACCCUUCUAGAGAUACAGAGGGUCCUGGAAGCAGACGAGAAUGGGGACGGUUUCCAUGACGACGAGGACUUUGAAGUGGACACUCCGAAAAGGAAGCAGAGGAAAGGAAGGGGCAGAGGGUCCAGUCGCAGGAGGACAGAAGCUGCUACCAACGAUGAUGUGGAUAAACCUUACGUCUGUGACAUCUGUGGCAAACGCUACAAGAACCGCCCAGGCCUGAGUUACCACUACGCCCACACACACCUGGCUGAGGAGGAAGGGGAGGAGGAGAGGGAGGAAGAGAUGCCACCGACCCCGCCACCACACCGACCAGACCCAGACCCAGACAACCACAAACCUCAGAGGGCGGCAGAUGGCUCCAUCAUCCCUAACGACUACUGUGACUUCUGUCUGGGAGACUCUGACUCUAACAGGAAGACUGGCCAGGCUGAGGAGCUGGUGUCCUGCUCUGACUGCGGCCGCUCCGGCCACCCAACCUGUCUGCAGUUCACAGACAACAUGAUGACGGCGGUGAAGACCUACCAGUGGCAGUGCAUCGAGUGCAAGUCCUGCAGCCUCUGUGGCACCUCCGAGAACGACGACCAGCUGUUGUUCUGUGACGACUGUGACAGAGGAUACCACAUGUACUGUCUGAAGCCCCCCAUGACCAAACCUCCUGAAGGGAGCUGGAGCUGUCACCUGUGUUUGGAUCUGUUGAAGCACAAGGCCUCAGCCUAUGAAGAGCCAUAGCAUCACACCAUAAUGGAUUUACAGGCUCAGGGCGUAACGUUCAGUCUCACCUCGUUCACUUUCUCAGUUUCUUGUGUGAGGAGAAAGUGCUACCCUCUACCUCUGAAAUGGAAACACAACCCUACAGAUGCAACACUUCUACAACAUGCAAUCCUUAUCUGCCAAUCAGUUCUCUACCUCACAACUUCACAACCAACCACAGACAGAACCCAACAGGCAAACAGGCAAUACAUUCCACCAGUGAUUUACCAGGUAUCAUGUGAGGUCAUAAUGGUGAAUUCACCAAUUUGUAAGUCGCUCUGGAUAAGAGCGUCUGCUAAAUGACUUAAAUGUAAAUGUAAAUAAUUAAGCGACAUAGGUCAGGACCACUUUGAACCAAAAUGUCAUUCUGUGCUAUAAAGAAAAAAAAAAAGAAAAAAAAACCUCCACAAAGAAUAGUAAUUAGUUUAAAUAGUAAUCUUGUCCCACAGUGUUUGACACUGCUGUUGUACCAUGUAGUCUCAUCUGACUGUUAGCUAACUAGAGAUAUUUGUCUUAGCUGAGAUCAAAAAAACACUUAUGUGCCUGACAAGGAGAGUUUGUGUCUGUUUGACAAACAUUUGAUUUCGUUUCCAGUCCCGUCCUUGUUUAGAUUUCACAGUGACGUUCGUUCAUAUUUUGCACCAAGACAUAUUAAAUAUUUGAAAUGGCAUUACUCACAGGACUUGUCAAACAUCAUUUUAUCAAGGUGUAACGCAAUCCCCCAUUAGGGGGUCGUUGCAGCCACUAUUUUAUAUUACAGUUAGUUGGUUUUUUUGCCCAGUUUGUGGUUACUAGGAUACUAAGUACCCAAUGACAACGAUCUAAACAGUUAUUCAUUUAAAACUGGUCGAAAUGUCUGGUUGUUGUGACUGUUGCUGUGGACGGAUGCUUUGUUUGAUAGAGAAAGCAUACAAGAGGACUUCAGAGUCCGCUAUCUAAAUCACGUUACCAUACAAGAGGACUUCAGAGUCCGCUAUCUAAAUCAUGUUACCAUACAAGAGGACUUCAGAGUCCGCUAUCUAAAUCACGUUACCAUACAAGAGGACUUCAGAGUCCGCUAUCUAAAUCAUGUUUCAUGUUACCAUACAAGAGGACUUCAGAGUCCGCUAUCUAAAUCACGUUACCAUACAAGAGGACUUCAGAGUCCGCUAUCUAAAUCACGUUACCAUACCAGAGGACUUCAGAGUCCGCUAUCUAAAUCACGUUACCAUACAAGAUGACUUCAGAGUCCGCUAUCUAAAUCACGUUGCCAUACAAGAGGACUUCAGAGUCCGCUAUCUAAAUCACGUUGCCAUACAAGAGGACUUCAGAGUCCGCUAUCUAAAUCACGUUACCAUACAAGAGGACUUCAGAGUCCGCUAUCUAAAUCACGUUACCAUACAAGAGGACUUCAGAGUCCGCUAUCUAAAUCACGUUACCAUACAAGAGGACUUCAGAGUCCGCUAUCUAAAUCACGUUACCAUACCAGAGGACUUCAGAGUCCGCUAUCUAAAUCACGUUGCCAUACCAGAGGACUUCAGAGUCCGCUAUCUAAAUCACGUUACCAUACCAGAGGACUUCAGAGUCCGCUAUCUAAAUCACGUUACCAUACCAGAGGACUUCAGAGUCCGCUAUCUAAAUCACGUUACCAUACAAGAGGACUUCAGAGUCCGCUAUCUAAAUCACGUUGCCAUACCAGAGGACUUCAGAGUCCGCUAUCUAAAUCACGUUACCAUACCAGAGGACUUCAGAGUCCGCUAUCUAAAUCACGUUACCAUACCAGAGGACUUCAGAGUCCGCUAUCUAAAUCACGUUGCCAUACCAGAGGACUUCAGAGUCCGCUAUCUAAAUCACGUUACCAUACCAGAGGACUUCAGAGUCCGCUAUCUAAAUCACGUUACCAUACAAGAGGACUUCAGAGUCCGCUAUCUAAAUCACGUUACCAUACCAGAGGACUUCAGAGUCCGCUAUCUAAAUCACGUUACCAUACCAGAGGACUUCAGAGUCCGCUAUCUAAAUCACGUUACCAUACAAGAGGUUUUGGCAUGUUGUUGUUGUUGUUGUUGUUGGGAAGAUUGAUGUAGGACAUUGAGACAAUUAUAGGACUGCAUCCAUAGACCAUAGAGACAUAUUCACAUAGAGACACAAUCCAUUCACACUGGCUCACAAACAUAUACAAAACACAUACCUCGUAGCUCUACCACCACGUUUCAGUCGGUGAAUGGUACCAGGCUAUCGUUCGACUGGCACGUAGGAUACCUCGCAUUGUCCGCGUUAUCAUGCGCCCGUUGUUUUUUUGUACAUUUUGUAUCUUAUGUUUUAGUAAAUGUCAAUUUGUUUUAUAGGCUUCCCUUCCACUUUGUAUAUCAUUCAAAACUUCUAAUGUAAAACUCCAAAAUUCUUAUAUAACGAUUCACGUUCUUCCACGUGAACAUGAUGGCGAUAGAUUGCACUGAACAAGGUCAUUAUAGAUUACAUUAUAGGACUAUUGGAUAGAUUUUAAAGAACACGGAAACACAAUCCUAAAACAGUGGUAGAAGACCUGAAAUUGUUUUUAGCGAUAUUGUUUAAAAAAAAAAAAAAAAGUAUUUAAUGCUAAAAAUGAAUGACGACGUCAUGACUGGAAAUGUCUUACAACUAUUUUCUUAUUUUGUUUUGCGCUUUUGUGUUGAAUAUUGUUUCUCUCCUCAGACAAUCAUGAAGUAGACUAGAUACUGCAUAUUGCUCGAGUACCCACUAUUCCCUAUAUAGUGCACUACUUAUGGGCCCUUGUUAACUAUAGUGCACUAAUAUAAGGAAUAAGAUGCCAUUUUGAGACGCAUCCAUGAUGUUAAUUAACAUCUGAAUGGUUUCCUUGGUUUCACCCCCCCCCAUGUGGGCUGUUUUAACAACUUCCUGUUUAUAUCACCAUGCCAACUUCACACUCUUGAGAAAUAUGUGUGUCAGUAUAAUUUUGUUUUAUAUUGGAGACCAUCAAUUAUAUAUGGAUACUAUUUUGUGUUGGUUUUGGGUACAUUGUUAAAACGUUUGUAUGUAUGUUUUAGUUUUUUUUUUUGUGUUGAAAUAAAGAUUUAGUCCUUGGUUAUA